GACGCAAAUACUUGAUCAUCGUCUGCUCAGAGUUGGAUCCAAAUAGGGACUCUGCAGCUACCUGGUAGCGCUGAUUUAGACGUUCUGCCUCUUCUGCUAGUACACAUAAACACAGUGAUUGCCCAAGAUUUGUUUCUUUCAUUGAAAUUUGGAUGGGUCUCUCGCUGUGGCUGGUGCCCAAUGCCGCCCAAUUGCAACUUAUCCAAGGGGUGUUGCCAAAGCAGCCUGAGACACGGCCGGUGUCUGCUGCUUCCUAUCCGAAUAUAAUUCCUCACAUCACACUGGCAAGCUCAGGGAAAGCAACGCAGGAUACAAUUAUAACAGCCCUACCAUCUCCCUUGCGUCCGAUCCCAGUCGAGUUUCGGAAGCUUGAAGUCGGCGAUCAUUAUUUUAGAUCUGUCUUCAUAUCUGUGAAGAAGACGACCGAACUCGUUGCGUUGCAUGAACAUAUUAUGGCUGCGCUUGAGAGGGAUGGAGCAUCGCCUUCAGCGCCAGCAUUUCCGCACAUGUCCAUCAGCUAUAUCGCAGAUGAAGACGGGGAUACUGAACGGAAGAAGGCUGCCGAUGAGCUGCGUGCUGUCACAGUAGUUGAGGGCUCUGAGACAGGUGGUGCGGGGACGGUUGUUCUUCGCUGUGGCGACUCCGAAGAAGGGCGUGUGUGGCUCUCGGGCUUUGAAGGCAUGGAAGUGUGGAUUGUUCGGUGCGAAGGACCAGUACAGCACUGGCAAGUGUUGCAGAAAAUGUCAGCGACAUCAGACGUUGCCUAGAAUUGAGGACUAGGAUCAGGGA